GUUAUGAGUAAAUGGUGCAAAGAACUUUGUUAAUUAAACAUAGUCUGUGGCCUAAGACUGGCAAGUGGGAUACUUGUCCAUUCUGCUGUGCUGAACAGCUUGUUUCAUUUUAGUUUAUUUCCCGAUUACUCACAACAUUUUCCUGUUAAGUUAAGGGAAGUCAUAACAUUUUUUCCAUUCUCAAAAAUAGAUUUACUAUAUAACUACAGAGUAAAAACAGUAAUAAUCUUAAAGUAUGUGGUAAUAUUACUGCCUCACUAACGAAUAGUAGACUUGCUGUUUGGAUUCAGGCCACAGAUAAAAUAGGUUUUAUAUGAUAAUUCUCAUUUAAAUAACUGCACUUUUUAUAAGUUUACUACUAAGAGGGGAGUAUUACCAUUAUUUCUUUUCUUGUAUAGUACAACUUAUUUGCAGUAGCAUAAUCUGCAGAGCAAAUUGAGCAUGCAGAUGACUUUUAUAAGUGCCCUGAAAAAAAUGUUCCCUAUGGUACAUAAAAAUGUAAGCAUUUAUUACAUUAUUAAUGAGUAAAUGAGUUAACAACUUACAGUUGCAUUGAUAUCUAUAUAUAAAAAGUUUUUCUAGACUGUUCUUUCUAAAUUGAUAGAAAGGGUGAACUGUAUACCAAGAAUAAGUUGGAUAAAAUGAAUUGCUUAAAAUGAACCUCUGGGUAAAAAAAUGUAAAAAAUGGAUGGGUAAGUUCUCAAUAUAAAAAAGACUCCACAGUUAUGACAGAAGGGUUUCUAUACUGUACAUGCAGUGAAGCCCCAUAUGUCUAAGGUUUUUUUUUUUACUUUUCUCUGUUAGAAAGUUUUGAAAAAAGAGACUUUGAAGUAUUUUGUUUAUACUAACAGACAGAAAAGUUCUCCUAAGAAAAAGCUGGUGGAAGGAGUGUAGAGGAGUAGCAUAUGGCAUUAAAAGGAGCACAGCUGGAGUCUGCUUUUUUCCACCGAUCUAACAGACCUGGAGCCAGCAAGACUCGGACAAAAGGACUUAAUCAGGUUUAUGUGUGCUAAAGGUUAUGAAGACAGCAUGGAGUUUCCUGACCAUAGCAGGCAUUUAUUACAGUGUCUGAGUGAACAGAGGCAUCAGGGUUUUCUUUGUGACUGCACUGUUCUUGUAGGAGAUGCCCAAUUCCGAGCACAUAGAGCUGUACUGGCUUCAUGCAGCAUGUAUUUCCACCUAUUUUACAAGGACCAGCUGGACAAAAGAGACAUUGUUCAUCUGAACAGCGACAUUGUUACAGCCCCAGCUUUCGCUCUCCUGCUUGAAUUCAUGUAUGAAGGGAAACUCCAAUUCAAAGAUUUGCCCAUUGAAGAUGUGCUAGCAGCUGCCAGUUAUCUCCACAUGUACGACAUUGUCAAAGUUUGCAAAAAGAAGCUAAAAGAAAAAGCCACCACUGAGGCAGACAGUACUAAAAAGGAAGAAGAUGCCUCAAGUUGUUCGGACAAAGUGGAGAGUCUUUCUGACGGCAGUAGCCACAUUGCAGGAGACAUACCCAGUGAUGAAGAUGAAGGGGAAGAUGAAAAAUUGAGCAUUUUGCCUAGCAAAAGGGACUUGACGGCUGAGCCUGGGAACAUGUGGAUGAGAUUGCCCUCGGACUCCGGAGUGAUUCCCCAGAGCGGUGGGGAGGCAGAUACACAUGCAACAGCAGCUGGAAAAACAGUAGCCAGCCCCUGCAGCUCAACUGAGUCUUUGUCCCAGAGGUCUGUCACCUCAGUGAGGGAUUCAGCAGAUGUUGACUGUGUCCUGGACUUGUCUGUCAAGUCAAGCCUUUCUGGAGUUGAGAAUUUGAACAAUUCGUAUUUCUCUUCACAGGAUAUGAUGCGAAACAACCUGGUGCAGGUGAAGGUGGAAAAAGAGGCAUCCUGUGAUGAGAGUGAUGUUGGCACUAAUGACUAUGACAUGGAGCAUAGCACUGUGAAAGAAAGUGUGAGCACUAAUAACAGGGUACCAUAUGAGCCAGCCCAUCUGGCUUCUAUGAGAGACGAUUCUGUUUUGAGGGAGCUAGAUAGAGAUGACAAAGCCAGUGAUGAUGAAAUUAUAACUCCAGAAAACGAGAGAGUUCAGGUGGAAGGGAGCAUGGACAGCAGUCUGCUCCCUUAUGUCUCCAACAUACUUAACCCUGCAGGCCAAAUUUUUAUGUGCCCCCUCUGCAACAAAGUCUUUCCUAGUCCCCACAUUCUGCAGAUCCACUUAAGUACGCACUUUCGAGAGCAGGACGGGAUCCGCAGUAAGCCUGCCGCUGAUGUCAAUGUCCCAACCUGCUCCUUGUGUGGUAAGACUUUUUCUUGCAUGUACACUUUGAAACGUCAUGAGAGGACUCAUUCAGGUGAAAAACCAUACACUUGUACCCAGUGUGGAAAGAGCUUCCAGUACUCCCACAAUCUGAGCCGCCAUGCCGUAGUUCACACACGGGAGAAGCCGCACGCUUGUAAGUGGUGUGAGCGGAGGUUCACCCAGUCUGGAGACCUUUACAGGCAUAUUCGGAAGUUUCACUGUGAGCUAGUGAACUCAUUGUCUGUCAAAAGUGAAGCACUGAGCUUACCUACUGUCAGAGACUGGACAUUAGAAGAUAGCUCUCAAGAACUUUGGAAAUAGAAUUUUUAUAUAUAUAAUUAAUAUAUAUAUAUAUAUAUAAAUAAAUCUAUAUAGUUGUGGUACAGUCUAAAAGCAGUCUUGUUUCCUUAAACUAACUAAAAGUUUGGCCAUUAGCUUGUUUAAUGCACUUUAAAGCAGCAUGAACAUUUCACUACUUAGUGUUCUGGUAAUGAACUAUAGAAAUAAGACAAAUAAACUUCAUAAAAUCUUCCCCUGUCUCCCCACCAAGUAAGUACUUCUUUUAAAAAUAACUGCAAUUGAACAAUUGUGAUAGUCUAUUUAACAUUAUUUGCGACACUGCAUCAUUUCAAUUUCCACUUAAAUCAGUAAUCUCCAGUGUUUUAUCACUUCAGUUAAAUUUUUUAAACUGCAUGCAUGUUUUCUAGCUCAGGGAAACCUGAAUGCUUUUAGACCCAAGCGAUAUAAUUUCUAAAUGACUGGAGUAUCAAUUUUUCAAAAGUGAUUGUUAUUAUAUUGUAAUUUGUAAACUACAAUAGUUCCCAGUUUUAAAAAAAUUUUUGAAAAUACACUGGAAUCAUGGGGACUCUGAAGGUGUGCUUGGGAUGAAAAAGGAUGUUGCAGUUUCAGUAGUUGCAAACUGUGCAUUUAAAAUGUGAAUUACUGUUAUAUACUGUAAUUGAUUAAAUGGGUUGGGGGGUGUCAAAGAAAUUGACGAGUUGUGUUAAUGCUCUCAGUUGAGUCUUGAAAAGUAAAUAUUCUACAGAAAUGCAUGCAUUUCAGUAUAUUUUUGUCUUUGUUUGCAUUGUAUAACUUUAAUGAGUGAUUUUAAAAACUUAUUUAAUUUUUAGUAGGAAAAAACGCCAGAAAAACUGGUGUUAUGAAGAAUAUAAAUGCACUGUUUUUAUUUUAUAUAAUUUAAAUUAAUUGCCCAUUGUCUUUAAGUUGAACAAAAGCUACAUGUUGAUUUUAGCUAUGUAAAGGAAGAUAGUAAUGUUUACAAACAGGCUUAGAGGUUUGCAUGUGCAGUGAGCAUUUAUAAAAAAGAUUGCACAAACCCAUACCAGCUCCAACCUUAGAUGCAUAUACUUACCCAUGUGAGCAUUUUUAGAAUUCCUGCUGCACAAAUAAACAAUAGGUGUUCAUUUUAUUCGCCCCUUCAAAAGAUUCUAUGGAGUGAAAAAGCCCCAGGCUAAAAGAACUAAAAACCUUGAUUGACAUGGGAUGGGGUGGGGGAUGGUGGGAGAAAAGUUGGGGGAGGGUUUGUGAACUGUGUAUCCAAACAGCAAAGACUGCAGCCUGACGUGUGGUUUUAAUGAUCAACACGUAGGGCAAAAGCAUUUUGCACAGUGUUUGUUUUCCUGUCUUGCACUUACAAAUAAGGUCUAUGGGAGUAGCAUGGAAAAUGUUUUUUUCUGCUUUUGUUUAGAAUUUGAUCGCCUUAACUACUGUAAACAUAGCCUAUUUUUGUGCUUAAGAAACUGAAUGGAAAACUCCAUUGUGUAUUGCUGGACUGUUUUGGAAAUAUUUUGGUCAAAUGUAUAUUAAUUUGGCUGUAAUGGCAUUUAAAACAAAAAAAAGCUGUGAAAAUGGCCUUGGAGCAUUAUUUUUAGUUACUUGAACAGUCUCUAGGUUUUAAAAAUUCAUUGUUUUUAUUAAUUUAGAAAAGACAAUCAGUGUCUGAAAAAAAUGGACUACUUUUGCUUUUUUUUUUUUUUUUGUGGACGAGUGAUUGUUUUGGGCGGGUUGGGUUGCCCUUUAGUUUCACAUUUUUUGGGUUCUAAGAAUUAGACUGACAUCUAGCCUUGACAAUCAUAGUAUGUUUUAUUUUCAUGAGAGGGAGGGGAAUAACUUAUAAUGCUGUUUAGUUUUGUACUAUUGGUGUGUUGGUGAAUUUUUAAAUUGUGUGCUAACUGCAAUAAAUUAUACAUACUGAGAAAUCA